UGCGUGGCUCCCGGAGUGCAGCAAUCGGCGUUGCGCUGUGUCCCUCGGACACAGCGGUUUACCAAUCCAUGAAAAGACCCGAAGUAAUGGCUCGGUCAUGUGAUCAGCUGUGUCCAAUCAGCUGAUCACAUAGGGGACAUGUAUACUGAUCAUCAGUGACCUGAUGAUCAGUGUGCCCUGAUGAUCAAUGUAGCCCCAGCAGCGCCACCUGUCAGUGUUUAUCAGUGCCAGCUCUCAGUGCUCAUCAAUGCCACCUGCCAGUGCCCAUCAGUGCCACAUCAAUGCCACAUAUCAGUGCCCAUCUGAGCUGCCUUUCAGUAUCACCCAUCAGUGCCAGGCAGUGCCACCUAUCAGUGCUGCCAAUCAGUGCCAGUCUGUGCCGCCUAUCAGUGCCAGUCAGUGUUGCCUAUCAGUGCCAUAUAUGAGUGCUGCCUUUCAGUGCCCAUCAGUGAUGCCUGUCAAUGCCCAUCAGUGCCACCUACCAAUGCCUCCUCAUCAG